CAUCUCUUUCACCCUCUCUCUCUCUAACUUUCCCUCUCUCUCUCCUCCUUUUCUACACUAUAUAAUCCUCUUUCCAUCCCCUUCCCUCUCCAAUCCAUUCCUCCUUUUCUCUCUCUUGUGUACGAAUUUCAAGCGUAAAAAAUAAAAUUUACUGCUCAUAUUUUCUUCAUAUCUUCAUCCCCAUAAUGGAAGAAGUGAUUUGUAAUAAGCGAGUUCGAGAUGACUCGGACGAGUUCAGCGACGGCUCUCCCGAUGUGAAGAAGCUCCGGGGCGACCUUCUCGACGACCUAGACGAAGUGAAUCUCUGGACGGAAGGUGGGGAUCUCGAAUCCUUCAUGAAGAGCUUCGAGGAAGAGAUUUCGCCUUCCCCGUCCAAGGCGGUGGAAAUUAUUGACUUGACGUCGGAUUCCGGCGAUUCUCUGCCGGAUCUCGGGUACCUGUUGGGAGCCUCGGACGACGAGCUUGGCCUCCCGCCGGCCGGAACGUCGCUGGCUGGGGAGCAGGAACCGGAGAAAUCCGAGUUGAUCUGGGUUUCAUCCGACCCGGUUGAACUGAAAUACGAUAGUUGGGGCAUGGACGGGCAGAUACCGAGUUAUGACUCGUUCGAGUUCGGGUUAUCCGACCCGGUAAACUUUAGCACUGUCAAUGAUGGCGAGUACGAAGCUCUGGAGGGAUUAUUUGACCAUUCGGAUCUUAGUUUGGGUUGGGGCGAUAAUUUGUGGAGACCCGAGACCAUGCCGUUGGUCUAGAAUUGUAGAUCUAGGUUUAGAGUAAUCUUAAUUUGUCUUUCUUAAAUUGUUUUUGUUUUUAUUUGUUAGAGGGAAAUCAUUGUAAAAUUAAAGAGGAAUUUAAGUUCUCAUUUCUCAAGUUACCGAGAAGGCGAGAAUUUAAUAGUAAAUUUUGUAUUUUUUUUUGAAUUCCUGCGGUCAUUAAAGUCUUCACAGGUGAUUAUUUUAUGAUGACAAUAAUAAUAACAACAAUAAUAAUAAUAAUAAUGUUGUAACCGAUUCAUCACUCCUAAAA